AUGACUUUCCAGAAAUCCCUCGUUCCGCGUGCGGUCGUCUUCGGAUUUGUUGCAUCUGCAGUCUUAGCAGCCCCUCAACACCACCCAAAUGAACAAGGGCAUGCCGCCAUGAUACUCGUACCACAUAGAAACUUUCUUCCUUCAGACUUCAAGUCGUAUGGAGAUUGGGCGGUGGCGGAAAUGAGUGCACCAUAUCGCACCCUCGAUGCAGACAACGAACAGAGGAGGAGUUGGAUGGCCACAAAAGGCCUGCUUCCUGGAAUAUGGCGUAGUCUCAUGCGCAAUGGCAAGGUACUGACCCAACCACAACUAUCACCAUUUGGAGCCCCAGGUGCCCCCAUUCAGCCUUUGAACACAGCAGGACCAGAUCCCAACGAGCACGACUGUCAGGAGGAAGACGAGGGCAUCGACGAAGUUAUUGAAGUCAAGUUUGGAUUGGAGAUGGAGGCCCCAGAGGGUGUCGACGAAGCGGAAAUUCGAUUUGACGUCAAGCUGCCGCACGACAAGAAUCGUUUGUCGUUGCACAUUCCCCAACCGCAGCAGCAUGGCGGCUCGAUCCCCCCGGAGCUCGAAGAGGCGAUAAAAUCGAUUGAAAGAGCAUCGAAUCGGCACUCUGCAUGGUACAAGGCUGGGUACACGAGGGAGCCCGAGUUAGCUUACUUCUGA